CGCGGGGCGGGGCGCCGCGGAGGGGAGGGGGCGCCGCGGGGUGGAGCCGCCACCGCCGCCAUUUUGUCGCCGUCACCCGUCCCGGCGCGCGCGGAGGAGACGUUGUGGCUUGGCCGCGAUGGUGAAGCUGUUCAUCGGGAACCUGCCGCGGGAGGCGACGGAGCAGGAGAUCCGCUCGCUCUUCGAGCAGUACGGCAAGGUGCUGGAGUGCGACAUCAUCAAGAACUACGGCUUCGUGCACAUCGAGGACAAGACGGCGGCCGAGGACGCCAUCCGCAACCUGCACCACCACAAGCUGCACGGCGUCUGCAUCAACGUGGAGGCCAGCAAGAACAAGAGCAAGGCCUCCACCAAGCUGCACGUGGGCAACAUCAGCCCCACCUGCACCAACCUGGAGCUGCGGGCCAAGUUCGAGGAGUACGGCCCCGUCAUCGAGUGCGACAUCGUCAAGGACUACGCCUUCGUGCACAUGGAGCGGGCCGAGGACGCGGUGGAGGCCAUCCGCGGCCUGGACAACACCGAGUUCCAAGGCAAGCGGAUGCGCGUGCAGUUGUCCACGAGCCGGCUCAGGACCGCGCCCGGGAUGGGAGACAAGAGCGGCUGCUACCGGUGCGGGAAGGAAGGGCACUGGUCUAAAGAGUGUCCGGUAGAUCGCCCGGGGCAAGUGGCUGACUUUACCGAGGCCUAUAAUGAGCAGUACGGAGCGGUGCGCACUCCCUACCCCGCGGGCUAUGGGGAGACCAUGUAUUACGAUGACGGGUAUGGCGGAAUGGUCGACUACUACAAGCGCUACCGCGUGAGGUCCUACGCGACGGCCUCCGCGUACGACGCCUACGCGGAGCAGACCAUGGCCCAGUACUCGCAGUACGCGCAGUACUCGCAGGUGCAGUCCACGGCCAUGGCCGCCACCACAGCCAUGGCCAGCCGCAUCCCCACCACCCUAGACCCGUACGAUAGAGCUCUGCUGCCGACCCCGGGCGCGGCCGCCGCCGUGGCCGCCGCCGCCACCGCGGCCGCCGCGGCCGCCUCCUCCACCUAUUACACCCGCGAUAGAAGCCCCCUGCGCCGCACGGCAGCCGCGGCCACCACCGUCGGAGAGGCGUACACUUACGAUCGUAGUCAGCUGUCGCCGGUCUCGUCGGUCGCUCGGGCCUCCCUCUACGACAUGCAGCGGUUCGAGCGGGACCCGUACGCGGACCGGGCGCGGUACUCGGCGUUUUGAGCCGGAGGUGAGAGCGUUGUGGGUUGCAGGACGCGCGCGGUGCUGCGGGCGGUCGGGGCCGCCCCGGCGCCAGGUCGGGCCGCGCUGGGGCUGCCGCUCGCGCCCCUCCCGAAGCGAGCGGUGGUGGUGGGAGCCCGGCGGCGCCGGCCGCUUCUCCGCGGCGCCGAGGACGGGGCUUCUUGACCGGCGGCUGCUCCCCGCCCUCCCGCCCCAGCUCCGCAGCUCAGCUAGAACCCGCGGUGGGAGCGGAGCAGCCUCCGUGCCCGCGCGGAGCGGCACGGCCACGGUGCUAUCCCGGCCCCCGCCCUGGGACGGGCCGCGCUCCCGUCUGUCCCCCAUCCCCCCCCCCCCCCCCCCCCGAGCCGCCCGGCUCCACCGUGAAGCGCAGCAGCCCCCGCCGGGGCCUCGCGCCGCUCCCGGUCUCCCCCCGCUCCAUGCCGGAGCCGCCCCACCGCCUCCCGGCCCGCGGCCCGGUUGUAAUCGGCCUUAAUCUCCCAGGAGGUGACCCCAGAGAGGAAGAAGCUUGGCAGGAAAAUCCCUCCCCGAGGAAGCGGCUCUGGGCUUUCCCCGUGCGCUGGGAAUGGCAGAGACUUUGCCGCGGCACCGGAGAGCGGCGCCCGGCGGCGCCCGGAGGCUCGG